CACUGACUACUCGUGCUACUGGACACUCUCUCACCAAGGGGUGAUACAUAAUGUCUCAGAAUACCUGGACCCCUUACAACAGCCUUACCCAGGCUCCCACCAACCUGAAGGAGGCCAUUGACUGGGUCCUUAGGGUAACUGGUAGGGAUGGUAAGAAGAAUGUGAAACCAGCGGCGCCAAAGGCGCCAGCAAAUUCCGAAUAUGGCCCCCACUGCCUCUGUUUCCUCGCUAAAGCAGUAAAGGACCUCCUUUAUGAUGCCCGGUCCCCGGAGUCCCCUGGUCCCAGCCCUAAGAGGAACUGGGAUGACAUACUCCUAACAGAGGAACAGUCCAUAGUACACCCAGUGCUCACUGACCUGGGACUCCUUAGUGGUGGCAGCACUGGUGCUGCUAGGGAUACCUGCGCCGGUGGCACCGAGGUCAUAAAGGCACUGAUAGACCAGUUGGCAGAGGGUCUACAGAAGUGGGUUGGGUGGCAGGAAGAGGAUCAGGAUGGGUGUUGUCUUAAGGGAACAGAUGGGAUAGGAAAGAAGUGUACAUGUAGUGGUGGUGGUGGUACCUGUUGUAGUGCCGGUGGUAGUGGUACUACCUGUCAUGAGUGUAGUCAGUGUGGUACCAGUGACAGCGCUGCCACUAAAUGUUACCAGUCAGCCUACAAGAAGGAAAAGGCUCUAUGGACUGACUUAGUCAAUGGUACACCAGGUGGUGGAGGAUCUGGAUCGGCUGGUAGUGCUAGUACUGUCAACACCGUUCAAGCCGCCCAGGAUGUCCACCUCCUGGCCCGUAUUUUCCUAGGGUCAGUAUGUCUCAUCUGGAGUGGACUCAGCCAUUUGGGGUUCCUAACUGGAAAUGGGAGUGGCGCUGAGACGAGGUGGAGCCAGGGUGAACUGAGUAAGGAGGCUACUAAUCUCGGCUCAUUCAUGGCUGCCAUGGGCUAUGACCUGGAGAGGUUGAAUCAGGGGAGUGGAGGUAAGUACUGCCUAGGGUAUUCAUAUUAAGACAAUGUUAAAUAUUCCAUUUUUGCAGC